AUGCUCAAUCUCGUAGCUAGAGCUUCAAUUUUCCAAGAGAUGUGCAGUUAUGAACCUAAAAAGCGACGCUUUUUGCGUACUAUUUUGUCACAAUCUGACUCUAACACAAACGACGGCUCUGCCUCCGAAUCAACUGGCGCAGAAGCUGCCAAUUUUGAGACUUUUCUCCUCGAAGCAGUCGGUGUGGCAUUAUCGCGCAUGGCUCGACAUGUUAAGUCUUGUUGUGAUGCGCUGAGUGCAGAUAAAAAUGUGAGUAAGUGA